AUGGGCAACGACGUCUUCAACGUUCCGAUCUUCUUCAUCGUCUUCCGUGAGACGGUCGAAGCGGCCAUCAUCGUCUCGGUGCUGCUCUCCUUCACGGAGCAGCUCAUGCAGACUGGCCGUCUCGCGCCCGGAGAGCGUGUCGACGAGGCCGUCGGUCCCAUGGACGGCGCGCACAAUGUCCGUGUCAAGAAGAUCAUCAAGCGCAUGCGCAUCCAGAUCUGGGCCGGCACGCUUACUGGUUUCUUCAUCGCGCUCUGCAUCGGUGCGGCCUUCAUCGCCGUCUUCUACACCAAGCUUAACGACCUCUGGGCCCAGACCGAGCAGCUCUGGGAGGGUAUUUUCUGUCUCAUCGCCGCCAUCCUCAUCUUCCUCAUGGGCAUUGCGUUCCUGAAGAUGGACCGCUCGCGCAUCAAGUGGCGCUACAAGCUCGCUGCUGCUUUCGACUCGUCGACCAAGAACUACGAGGUCAACGACCCCCACGCCUCCGAGGUCAGCGCCAAGGGCGGCAAGACUGGUCGCUGGGCUCUGUUCUUCCUCCCUCUCAUCACGCUGCUGCGUGAGGGUCUCGAGGCCGUCGUCUUCGUCGGUGGUGUUUCCAUGAACACCACUGCCCGCGCCAUUCCCCUCCCCACUGUCAUCGGUCUCAUUGCUGGUUUCGCCGUCGGUUACAUCAUCUACCGCACCGGUUCGACGACGACGCUGCACUGGUUCCUGAUCUUCUCGACCUUCUUCCUCUUCCUCAUCGGUGCCGGUCUCUUCACCCGUGCCAUCUGGUUCUUCGAGUACUACAAGUUCGCCAAGGGUGUCGGUGGUGACGUCGCCGAGACCGGCGACGGCCCCGGUUCGUACGACGUCCACGGCAACGUCUGGCACUUCACGUACGGCAACCCCGAGCCGGGAUCGCCCACGACCAACGGAGGUUGGCAGAUCUUCAACGCCAUCUUUGGCUGGAACAACAAUGCGUCCGUCGGCACCAUUCUCGGCUACAUCUUCUACUGGAUCGGCGUCAUGAUGGCCCUGGUGUGGUACAAGUGGUCCGAGGGCCGCUUCACCUUCUUCGGCCUCCUCAAGUCCAAGGCGUACAAGGAGCGCAUGGCGCGUCGCGAGCAGAAGGCCGCCAUGUCCGGCGACUUCUUCCACACCGUCGAGAAGCGCGGCGACGGCUCCUCCACCGAGGGCUCGCUCGAGACCCCCGCCGUUGAGAAGAACGUCGCCCCCGGCGCCCCCACUGUUUCUGUCUAA